AUGCUGAAAUUGACAAUUGAAGAUCUAAAUGGACAAAUAAAAAUGUUGCAAGAACAACAACAGUUACAAGAGAAACAGUUGGUUGCUGAUUUAAACAGCAGCCAAGAUCAACAGAAUAUGCUGGAAUCGACAAUUGAAGAUCUAAAUGGACAAAUAAAAAUGUUGAAAGAGCAACAACAGUUACAAGAGAAACAGUUGGUUGCUGAUUUAAACAGCAGCCAAGAUCAACAGAAUAUGCUGAAAUUGACAAUUGAAGAUCUAAAUGGACAAAUAAAAAUGUUGAAAGAACAACAACAGUUACAAGAAACUAUUUCAACAAAAGAGGAAGAAACUAAUGAUCAAUUAAAAUAUGAAUUAGGUUUACGUGAAAUGUUAGAAAGACAACUGAUUCAGUCGAACGAAGAUAUUCAGCUAUUACAAAAUGAAAAUGAACAACAACUAUUGCGUUUAAAUGAUUUACUAGAAGUAGCGCAAGAGAAAGAUACUCGAAUACAAACCCUUGAACAACAAAUACAAAUAUUGAAUGCAUCGCCUUCGCCUUUGUUAUCACCAAACAAGCAUGUUCGUUCACCGAGUCCUCAAACCUUUGAACGUCUUCUCGAUUUAGAAGCUCAAAUUUUCGAGAAUGAAAAAAAAUUAAAACAGUUUCAAUUUGUUUAUGAUCAGAUCAGUGAACGAUUGCCUCCUGAAUCUGUUGAUAUUAUUUUAGACUAUUCUGAUGAGUUAGAAUCUUCAUUAUCGGAUAAAUUUUUAAAUUUAUUUGAAAAAUGGUCUAUAUAUGUCCAACAGCAGAUAGGUACAAUGACCAUUAUACAGCAAGAAUUAGAAAAUUUAAAACAAAUAUUAUCGGAAAAAAAUGACGACCUCGAAAAAUUACAAUUUGAUCUUAAUUUAACAAAAACAAAGUUAGAUGAAUUAGACCAAGAACAUUCACUAUGUCCACCAUCGCAUAAUAAUGAAUUAGAAUCAGUUACACUUGACAAUGGUGAAAACGAUGACGAACUAGAAUCAGAACAAGAACUGAGAAUGAUACUAGAAAAACAAUAUCAACAACCGAUACCACUAGCUCUGCGAAGUCAGUCAGCUACAUCGUCAUCAUACAUAUCAAGUACACCGGGUGAAAAACAACAAUUGAUUGCUCAAAUCGAAAUGUUAACAAGUAUUUUAUCUGAAAAAGAUUGUGAAUUGAUCCAAUAUCAGCAACAAGAGAAGAUGAACAAUGAUAAUAUAAAACAAAUUGAAUUGUUACAAAAACAAUUGAAGCAAUAUGAUUUAGAUCGAGAAUUAAGACAAUUCGAAUUAAAUGAUAUGCGAAAUAUUUUUGAUGAAAAAUUACGAGAAAAUUCCAGUUUAAAGAAAGAAAAACACUAUUUUAUUGAACGUUUAACCGAAUUAGAACGAGAAAAACAAGAACAACCGUUGUCCGUUUUACCCUUACAAUCGACUCCAUCUGUUGUCGAAGCAAUUAAUCAACAUGAAGAUGUGACGUAUGAAACUUUACAAGCUAUGACUAAACUGGUUCAUGAAAGAGAACAAGAAAUUCUACAGUUAAAACAAUCUUUCCAAAUGGAGCAACAAGAUCAGUCAAAACAGCAUAUUCAAUUGAAAUCGGAUUCUGAUCAAAUAACUGAAUUUUCUAAACAUCAAAAAGACGAAGCGUUACUCUAUUAUUCUUCUGAAUAUAAUCACAUUGUUCAAUUGUAUAAUGAUUUAAACUCAAAAUAUUCACAAUUACAAAUCGACUAUCAACAAGUACAAUCAUUACUCACGCAAAAACAAGAAGCUUAUUUAUUAAUACAAAAUGAAUUAAUAAAUCAUCAAAAUUUACUCUAUCAUGAAAAAAAGAAAACAGAAGAUUUCGAACAAUUGAAACAACUCGUACAAGAAAAAAAUGUCUACAUACAAACACUCAUAGAAGCGGAACAACGUUUACAGUUAAAAUUGAAUGAAUAUGAAAGAGAACUGAAACUGUUAGAACAAAUGAAUUUUGAUAUGAAAACAAAUGAAAAUAUUUUACAUGAGAAAAUCGAAGAAGUAACACAGAAAAAUAAUUUAGAUCUAUUACAAACUGAAUGUAAACGAUUAACGUAUGAGAGAGAUCAAGCAAUAAUUGAAAUGAAGAGAUAUCAUAUAGAAAUUGAACAAUUUAAACUUAUGUCAAGUCAAUUUGAUGAACGUGAGAAAAAAUAUACUCAUGAAAAUGAACGUUUACGUUCUCAUUUAUUAACAAUUGAAGAAUCGUAUACAAUUGAAGCUGUUCAAAGUGAAGAACGUGAAAAAGUUCUUCGUAUUCAAGUAUCAACAUUGACUGAAGAAGUAAAACAACAAACAGAAAUAAUAAAUCAAUUAAAUUCAACAUAUGAAUCAAGUAAACAAACAUUAACCAAUGAAUUGGGACAAUUGAGAUAUGAAUAUUCUAAAAUAGAAGCACAAAAUACAACAUUAAAUAAUCAAUUGAUUUAUCAGACUAAAUGUGCAAAUAAUUUACAAAUUGUAUUAGAACAAUUUCAACGAGAUCGUGAUCAACAUGUCAAUGAAAAUCUGAGACGCUAUCAUGACGCUUUACGUGAACAAACGGCAAUCGCAACGAGGUUAACAACGGAAAAUAGUGAAAUACGUUCAAAAUUAGAUGAGUAUGAGGAAGCUUUGAAUGCAGCUAAAUGUUUAACAGAACAAAUAGAGAAAAAAGAUCAAUUAAUAAGUGCAUUACGACAAGAAAUUCAAGAUAAAGAAAUAUUAUUAAAACAAUAUGAACAACAAAUAAAAGAUGUCGAUGUAUCAAACGUAACACGAGUAGAAAAACAUUUAGUUAAAAAUAUUCUGUUGGGUUAUUUUCAUACACCUUCAACGAAACGACACGAAGUUAUACCAUUGUUAGGAGCACUUGUUGGAUUUACACAAGAAGAAUAUCAAAAAGCCGUUGAACAAACAAUGAAUAGUCAAUCGAUUCAUAAUGGAAACGGAUGGUUAGGAGGAUGGUUUUCACCCGAUAGUGGAGUUAAUACAGGGAGAACAAGAACACAAUCGGCAAGUUCAUCAUACGAUCCGAAUAAAUCAUUUACCGAAUUGCUUAUUCAAUAUGUUGAUCAACAAUCUGGUCAUGAUCCUUCUAUUCGAGCAAAGUUUAACACUGAUAAUUAUAUGGCUAUGCAUUCAAAUAAGACUACUGCACCGACUGGAAGAAUUUUACUUUCUAAACCACCUUUAUUAGCCACAAAUUCAUUUUUAAAUGGUACACAACAUCUAAAACAUGUGACGACUGAUAGUAAUGAUAGUCCUAGUGGUGACUAUCAACAAUUUUUACCACCUAUUAAGACUAAUCUACCAACUACGACGAUGAUGACAGAGACUGACUCACAGGUACCUUCAGAAGUAUCAUCAUCUGCCAUAUUAGAAGAUCUUUUAAAAUCUUGA